CAUUGCCAACUGCAACCAUGUCACUGCCAGAACAUUUGGAAACUCUACGCACUAGAGUCGUAAUCGAAAAAGACAGUGUUCACAAUGUCUCUUCCAGCGACUAUCCUCAUCAAUAUCCUGGCAUAGAUAGUUCUUGGAAUCUCGAAAAGUUCAAGGAGCAAUUCCAAGUGAAAAUCAAUAGACUUUCCGAUCUGGAAAUGGAAUUUGAUCUUAUAGGCGUUGACGCUUCCAUUGCGAAUGCUUUCCGCCGAAUCCUGCUUGCUGAGGUCGCCACAAUGGCUAUUGAGAAGGUCUACGUCAUGAACAAUACAUCAAUUAUACAAGAUGAAGUUUUGGCACACAGAUUGGGUUUGAUACCCAUCAAAGCUGAUCCUCUGCUUUUUGAUUUCAAAGGAGAGGAAGACGGACCCACGGAUUUAAACACAAUCGUCUUCAAGCUUAAUGUCAAAUGUGAACGCAAGGAAGGAGCACCAAAGGGAGCGACAGACCCUAAAGAUUUGUAUACGAAUUCCCAAGUUCUUUCUAAGGACCUUGUUUGGGAGCCAAAGGGAGAACAAGCUGAACGCUUCGCUGAUGACCCAAUCCGACCUGUACUGGACGACAUUUUGAUUGCGAAAUUGCGGCCUGGACAAGAAAUCGAUGUGGAACUCCACUGCCAUAAGGGCGUUGGCAAAGAGCACGCGAAGUGGUCUCCCGUUGCCACAGCAUCGUACCGACUUCUGCCCGAGAUCAAGAUUUUAAAGCCUAUUACAGGAGCUGAUGCCACCAAGUUCCAAAAGUGUUUCCCUCCAGGCGUCAUUGAUAUUGUUGAGGAGAAUGGUGAGAAACUUGCCAAGGUAGUCAAUGCUCGCAAGGAUACCGUUUCUCGUGAAGUUUUGCGUCACAAGGAAUUUGAAGAUAAAGUUCGUCUGACUCGCGUUAGAGAUCAUUUCAUAUUCAACAUUGAAUCUGCUGGUGCCAUUCCACCCCAAGAUUUGUUUGUGCAAGCUGUUGGUGUCUUGAUUGAAAAGAUAAAGGCAAUCAAGCCCGCCCUUGCCCAAGCAACUGGAGAGUCGGCUUGAACGAUAAUUUGACGGUGUAUAUAAAACUUUCCCCCCUUCCCCUUUCCUAUCCAUCCUUUUUGAGAAUCCAGUCGAAAUGAGAUUUCAAAUUCAUUAUGAUAAUCAUCAAAAGCACAAUAGACAUGCAUAAUCAAACCA